GCGAUCACAAUUAAAUUCGAAUUAAAUAAAAAGUUGUACUACUACUUAAUUACUCACUAUAUUAAUACCAAAGGUGAUCCAUAGUCCCAACCGUUCCACCAAAAAAGUAUUCAAAACCUCCUCCAUAUGUCGCGACUUCUCCCCAAUGGCCGGCCACUCCAACAACAAACCCCAUCUCCCCGUCAAACCUAAACCGCCGCCCGCCACCACCGCCACCGUCUCCGUCAGCGGCUGGUUCGGCUGUUCAAACAGAAACUCCGUCGCAAUAAUCAAAGUCGCAGCAGCUCCUCCUGAUCACAAUCAUCACAUCCAGAAGCAAAAGAAGCACAAGCCGUGGUUUCCUAAUUGGUCAAUGAAAAAUCCCCCCGCCACCGCCGCCGCCGCCGCCGCAGUUUCCUUAACUGCACCUCGCGACGAUUCUUCCUCCCCGGCCGCCGAGAGCAAUAGCAUCAAAUUAGGCGAUCACAGAAAGUCAACGGAUUCCCCCAAGUCAAAGUUCAUCAAGUGGAAGCCCAACUGUAAGGCUUCCAAGAAAAGUCACCCUACCCCCGCCGCCGUCACGGAGGAGAAGAAGGUUUCCACCGCCGCCGCCGAAGUUGCUCCGCCGGAAACCCCCAAAGAGUCUCCGAAGACUGGGUCAUCGGAAGAGAACGACGUCGUGCUUGGAAACGGCAGCGUUUGGGAGAACCGCGGUGACGUGGAGUCCCCAAAGAGCGGCACGUGCAGAAAGAAGUUGUCGUUUCGCCGGAAGAAAGCUGAAAAUGGGGACAAAACGAAGACCGGGUCAAGCAGUAGCAAUCCGGGCUCCCCGGUAUCCAGGCCCGACCCGGAGGCCCGAAACGACAGCGUGGUGAUCUCCCGGUCCACAACAUUCCCGGCGCCGGAUCUGCACCAGGUUCAACCAAUUAUUGUUGCGGCGGCGGGCAGCAGGAGAAAUCGGAAAAAGGAGGAUGGGGAAUUGGAUUCGGUGGUGGGGCUGUCGAUUAUUGCGGUGACGUUGGUGAUCAUGGUUGUGUGGGGCCGAUUCUGCGCAAUUGUUUGUACGGCGGCGUGGUUGUAUUUCGUUCCGCGUUUGAGAACAACCAUGGCGGAGGUCAAGGUGGUCAAGGCUAACCACGGUAGAAACCGCGGCUCGAUUCUUAGGAGAGCCGACAGUGAAUUUGGUGGUUCGGGUUUGGGUACGGGUUCGGGUCGACCGGAUUUGGAUUCCGUGGAAUACAAGAGAAGGGUGGUGUUGGAAGGUCUUCUUGAAAGGAAUCGUCGCCCCGUUGCUUGAACAAAAUUUUGUUUUCUGGCUUUUUCUUCUUCUUCUGAAUUUCAGAAAAGGACAUGUACAUGAAUGUAAGAUUUUGUUAUUAGCCUAAUUGUAAUUUAAACAGUAAAAGAAAAUUUCCCAACAGGUUGGUAAUUUGACAAUUAUAAAACUGGUCAAAACCUAUAUACAUUGUGCC